UGUCCGAUGGCUGGGAUACGGAACCAUUUGUCUUAACCGAAAAAGAUGGAAAACUGUUUGGUCGUGGAGCAUCAGACAACAAAGGACCAGUUUUAUGUUGGAUUCAUGCAAUCGAAGGCUAUAAAUCGCUGGGCAUUCCACUUCCCGUUAACAUAAAGUUUGUGUUUGAAGGAAUGGAGGAGUGUGGUAGCAUGGGUUUGAAAGAAGUUUUGCUAGCUCACAAAGAUGAUUUCCUCAAAAGUGUUGACUAUGUUUGCAUUUCCGACAAUUAUUGGCUCGGAAAGGAUAAGCCCUGUAUUACAUACGGUUUGCGUGGUGUUUGCUACUUUUUGGUUGAAGUUCAAUGUGCGGCCAAAGAUUUGCACAGUGGCGUAUACGGUGGAACAGUUUACGAAGGUAUGGCUGACUUGGUUUAUUUACUCAAUUCAUUGGUCGAUAAAGAUGGACACAUUCUAGUCGAUGGGAUUUAUAAUGAUGUAGCUCCGCUUCGUGAAAAUGAGUCAGAUACUAUUCAAAACAUUAGCUUCGAUGUCGAUGAAUAUCGCAGAGAUAUUGGAUGCAAUAAACUUGCUCACAAAGAGGACAAAACUAAAUUGCUGAUGCAUCGAUUCAGGUACCCAUGUUUGUCAAUUCAUGGUAUCGAAGGUGCAUUCUAUGAAUCUGGCGCGAAAACGGUCAUACCAAGUGAGGUCACUGGUAAAUUCUCAAUUCGCAUUGUGCCAAAUCAAACCACUGCUGAGGUCAAUCGUUUGGUCAUCGCUCACUUAAAUGCCAAGUGGGCUGAACGUGGCUCAACAAACUCAUUCAAAGCAUACAUGUUACAAGGUGGAGAACCAUGGGUUGAGGAUCCAAAUCAUCCUCAUUAUGAAGCUGCCAAACGGGCUACGAAACACGUCUAUAAAGUCGAUCCAGACAUGACCUGCGAAGGUGGCAGCAUUCCAGUUACAUUAACUCUACAGGAAGCCACCGGUAAAAAUUGUUUAUUGCUCCCAGUCGGUGCUGGUGACGAUGGUGCUCACAGUCAAAAUGAAAAGAUGAAUAUAUUCAACUACAUCGAAGGCACAAAAUUGCUUGGAUCGUAUCUUUAUGAAGUUGGCCAAUUGAAAUAACCUCAUUCAAAAUGUCCAAUCGCAUUAAAACAACAUUUACAAGAGAG